GGUCCUUAGGCGGUACUUAAGCGGGGGUCGGUCGGGCCCCGCGCUGCCCCCGCACAAUGCACCCCUUCGGGCCGCCCGCGCCGCCGCCGCCGCUCGCCCGGGACCUGCUGGAUGCCGCGGGAUGCUCCGCUCCCUUCCCGGCGCCCCGGCCCCCCGCGCAUCCCGCCGCCAGCCCGUCCCUGUGGCCGGGCGGCCCCUGCUCCCCGUGCCCGCCCGCCGGGGCGGUGCUGCCGCCGGGCCCCGCGGGCGCGGGCCGGGGGUGGCCGGGGAUGUCCCCGCUGUCCCCGCUGUCCCCGCUGUCCCCGGCCCGGCCGCCCUACUCGUACUCGGCGCUGAUCGCCAUGGCCCUGCACAGCGCGCCCGGCCGCCGCCGCACGCUCAGCCAGAUCUACCAGUUCGUGGCGGAGAACUUCCCCUUCUACCGGCGCGGCAGGGCCGGCUGGCAGAACUCCAUCCGACACAACCUCUCCCUCAACGACUGCUUCAGGAAGGUGCCGCGGGACCAGGACGACCCGGGCAAAGGCAACUACUGGACCCUCGACCCCAACUGCGAGAAGAUGUUCGAUAACGGGAAUUUCAGGAGGAGGAGGAGACGGCGGGCGGAGGGGGCCGGAGCGGCGGAGGCGGCCGGGGGCGGCGGCGGGGGCGCGGGGGUGGCGUGUCCCCCUGGCCCCGAUGCCACCCUGUAUGGCCGCGCCGGGGGCCAGCCCUGACUGGAGCCCCCCGGGCGCACCCAGGUACACUGAGGCACGAGAGAGGAGUAUUUUUGUAACGUUUAAAUUGAGUAGGAUCCUAUCAGAGGGGUCACGCUGCCUUUGGACUGUGAUAUUCAUUCUCCAAGGCAUGGGCACACACUUUUACAUAGGAAGAGCCAGAGGAGCCUUUCCAAAACACAGUGAAGACACUGAACCUCAGAGCUGGGCAAGAAAUGAUUUCACUCAACCCACAUUUUCUUCUGCUUCAGGAUACGAAGUUCCAGAUGCAACUUUAUGAGCCGAGCUCUGUAUUUUCACCUUGAGACUGUUUCUCCCGGGACAAUAUCCCAUUGCAGGACCCAGGAAAUGCAGGAAAACACAAAAAUGAGAACCCCAGGAGGCUGCAGGUGCUUCAAGCUUUCCCAGAAUAGCCUUUGUUAGCUCACCUGGGUCCUGCUUUGGGGAAAUCCAUGGACAGCUCAGUGAAAGGAUCCCAUUCCAUUGCCAGAACCUUUCUUCAGAGACUGUUUAAGGUGAUGAUUCAAUGUGUACAUGGAGGCCAUCAUUUGUAUUUCUUUGUGCUCCUGUUGUUCUCUAAUUCUAUUUUUGUGUGUUGAAAAAAAAGGAGAUUUUUUUAAAUAAAUCAGUCAAAUGGAGCAGGGAAGUUGUAAUCCCUGUAAGAAAAAACAUGGCUUGAGGGAAGAACUGCAUCAGGUAGUGAGGCUCUGGGCUAAUUGGGUAGUGAAGGCUCUAGUGGAAAAGGGUGAUGGGAUGCUGGGAUGGGUGGGAUCUGUGGUCCAGCCUUGCUUGGGCCAAAUUCCCAUGGAAGCCCAGAAACAGCCUCAUUGGGGUGGGUUCCUCAGGAGGGUGUCUGAGAACAAGGAGCCAACUCAAGAGCUCGGAUGAGGCUCCAAGGAAACCUGUCCACACUGGAAAUGCAGAAGGGCUGAAGAGCUGGGGCUUUUCACUUGGGGAUUUAAAUCAGAUGUAAAAAAUGAAGUGUCCCUAAGUGUGUAAUGCCCCAGCAGCCUGUGACACACACCGCUGCUGCCACCCACACCCUGGAUGACUUGCCACUGUUAUUCCACAUCUAUGUGAGCUCAAGAAGUCAAACAUGAGUAAGAGCACAGGAUGCUCUUGCAGUUAGAUUUAAUUUCUGAUAUCUCCUGAUCUUAGAUACAUUAGAAAUCCAAUGGAGAGAUCCUUGGGGAUCCAGGGUCAGGAGCUGGACUCGAUGAUCCUGAUGGGUCCCUUCCAUCUCAGCAUAGUCUCUGAUUCUAUCCUAUAACUCUUGCUGGAGUUUAGAACAUAUUGGUGCCUCCUGUGGUGUCAACUCUGCAGGGAUGGGUGUAGCAUCAAGGAAACAGCAUCUUUUCUCCAUUUCCUCCACAAUAAACUGUAAGCAGGGUUGAAAAGGCUUCACUAGUUGAGGGACUACCCAGAGAGACCAAUAAAUUGUGUUCAUGGUUCAUUUCACUGGAGAAUUGGACUUAUAUUAAUGUAUUAUGGAAAAGCUCAGGAAAUAACAUAAUAACAUAACAGCACUCUAUGCUGUGCUUGUCACAGGGGAAGCUGCAGCACUGGCAAGAAAACAUCAGCCUUGGUUCAAUAUUCAAGGAUGAACCCAUGGAAAUGAGGAUCUGGGCUGUUCCUUUAUCCAGCAUGAUAAUUUUGAUGAUUUCUUUACUCUAGAGUAACACUGUGGCCUAUAUAAGAAAGAGAAGGGGCUGGCAAACACUCAUAAAUCAUGUUUUUGGGAGCAGGCAGUGAUGCCCAGAGUGCGAGGUUAAUCCAUGGCGAGUGGUUGGCAGGUGAUGUGCUGAACAUUUAAUUCUUGGGCCGUGGCUUGAGCCCAGCUUUAGGUCUGAAGCCAAGCAGGUUGGAGGGUUCAUCUCUACUCUUAGCACACAAUAACUGUCUUCACAAGGAACAGCCACUCAUCUCUCGCCAUCCCUGGCAGAUUUUCCUCCCAAAAAGGGCUGGACAAAGCUUGGCAGUGCAGAAUGACCUCUGGCUCACAGGGGUGAAGGGGAUUUUCAUUGCGUGCAAACAGUGCCUGUGGGGUGUCUGCUGAAUUAACUUGGAGGAAUGGAAAAGAAGUCUGAUGGCACAUUCCCAAAAAAACCAUGGGGUCUGUCCUUGCAAUGCUCACUGGCUGGGCAGGGAAAGGCAGACAGUGGCUGGAAAGGAGAGAUGGAAGUUUCAUUUCUUAAGAAAUUAGUCUGUGAAUUAUUUUAGUGGGUUUAAUUCCUUAUAUUUUAGUCUUAGUUAUAUUCAAAUCUAGUUGCAAAAGCAAUAAAUCUCUAUUUUUAGAGUGAUUAUCACUUAGGAGAAGCCCAUAAUAAAUGCAAACAGGAUGUGAUAAAUCAAAUUUAUUUCUACUUUUGAUUCAAUUUUCCAUCCACUCCAAUACUUGCAUGUGAUUCAUCCUUGUUAAGCACCAUGACUUUCCUGUACUUUACUGGAUGACAACAUUGCUUCCCAGGAUUUUUUUUGUUGGCAAGACAGAACAGGGACUAUUAAAUUUUCUACAGCUG